UUUUGAGCAACUCAGACAUAGAAAAGGAAAUCGUUGAAAAACAAUCGUCUGUGUUGUCUUUGUUUAUUUCUCGCCAAGGGGGUGAGAGAAAGUGAGGGAGAGAGAGACAGAGAGGAAGAGGGUGUUAAGGAAGAUCUCGUCAGAUCGGACAACAAAGUUAUAAUGGGAAGGGAACUUGCGGAUCCACACACUGAAAAGAAACCAAAUGGUGUGGUAGUGGCUUCAAAUGGAGUUUCUUAUGAUAAAGUUUAUGUUGCUCCAAAAAUUUCGGAAGAUUGCAUUGAAGCAAAAGAUUAUGAAGUGAAGGAAUGCACUACUGAAGAAAACUCGGUUAUUGAACAAUGCCCCGAGAAACAAGAAGUGCUAGUAGUUAAAAGCACAAAUCUUGAUGCUGGUGUGACCGAGGGGAAAGAUGAGAAACCUGGGGUUUAUAAAUCUAGUGACAUUAAGAAGUCAAGCUCGCCUGCAUCAAAAUCUGCAGCUGUUGGGAAUGUACGUGUGUACACUGUUCCACAGCCAUUUUCUUUGGCAACUGAAAAGCGUGGUGUAUGCCAACAUAGUGUUGGGGCUGAAAGUGUUGCUAAUGGUGUGACCUAUUCACCGAAAGCUAACAAUACAAAUUCCCCUCAAGCUACAAAGAUUGCACAGCCAAACUCACCUCUGUCACUAAGGAAGUCAUUGCAACUUGAUGCUAGGAAGCAUCAUGAUGAAGAAGAUAGUUGUUCUCUCGCUUCUUCUACUGCUGCAUCUGUGCGAACAAUUAAAUAUAGGGUGACUGUCGGAACAGCUCCAACAUUUAGAAGUGCCGAGCGUGCAGAGAAACGAAGGGAGUUUUACUCAAAGUUAGGGGAGAAACACCAAGCUCUGGAGGCAGAGAGAAGUGCAUUUGAGGCUAGGACCAGGGAAGAGCAAGAAGCAGCCAUCAAACAACUUAGAAAGGGCCUGGUGAUCAAGGCAAAUCCAGUACCUAAUUUCUAUUAUGAGGGUCCUCCACCGAAGGUUGAACUCAAGAAGUUGCCAUUGACACGGCCUAAGUCACCAAAACUAAGCCGGAGAAAGAGCGCUAGUGAUGCAACCAACUCAUUCAAUGAAAAGGGAGGUAUUUGCAGUCGGGCACACCGCCACAGCCUUGGCAGUCAAAAAGAGGGGCCUGCCACGCUGAACACUCCCAAAGGUAAAUCCCGCCACAGCCGUGGUGGUCAUGAAGAGGAGCUUGCUACCCUGAGCACUCCCAAAAGUAAGGGUCAGAUGAGUGGACGUAAUACCAAUGGCACGCCUUGCAAAGUGAAAGACCAUCCCGAGCAAGAAAAGGAGACAACAAAAACAGCUCUUCCCAAGAUCAAUGAGCAGACGAACGGAGACAUUACUGUCCAUUAAUGAACUUUGAGUCUUUCCCUUUUGUCUAACUUUUUAAGUGGGGAGAUAUUCUUCAUUUUCCUAGGUUACCUUAUGGAUGUUCUGAAGAGAAACUGCCUGUUUUCUUUUCAUGAGGAAUGACUUGUUUAAGUGGCUUGUGUUAAUGUGAAAUUGUAUAUGUUUUGUUAGUUUUAUUGGUACAUAUCAUGUUAUAUAUUGAAGAGUCAUCCAUUAUUAUAAUGUGGACCAAA